AAAUGGCAUAAAUCCACAGCCAUCCCACGACCACUGCCGCAGUACAGUAACACGCCUCCCCACGAUCCAGCAGCUUCUCACUCCAAGAAGUUAGCUCUAUGGGAAACAAACACACGGAUGACCGAAGAAUCAAACACUCGCAUACCUUUCUCUAAAUCGGACCUACAGCAGUCACACAUUCGAUGCGCAAUUCGUGCGACUAAUAUGUUAAACACCGCUUUGAGUGUCAACCACGUCAUCGAUAUGCACAUCGUCGACGAUAUGGCUACGAUCUGGUGGUACGAUCGCCAGGAUAUCAUCUGCUUUCAAGCAAUGAACUUUAUACAAGAUCUACCGCGUUUCUUGGCCCUUCUUCUUGCUUUCCAGAGAUUCACCCUCGAGGACUGGGGCAUCAACACAGUUCUAAAUCCGAAUGCUUACAAAUUCCACGAUGCUACCACG